GAUGCAAACUUCAUUCCAACGAACAUGGCACUCAGUUUCAUAGGGAAGCCCAUUUCACUCAUCUCGCACUCUGAUGUACGAUACCGGGGUAUCUUGGCUGGUAUUGAUCCUGCAAAUUCGACCAUCCAGCUUUCCAAUGUCUAUUCCAUGGGGACAGAAUCGCGAAAGUCACAAUCUGAAUUCAUCCCUCCGGUUCAAGAGCCAUACCAGUACAUCAUCUUCCGUGCUUCGGAAGUGAAAGACCUUGCUGUCGACGAACCGGCACCACCUCGACGGAGCGUUCACGAUGAUCCGGCAGUACUUGGUGCUUCUGCUCCCGGCGUUCCCCAGGUACCCUAUCCGCCAUAUGGUGCACCCUACCAACAGCCACCUGUACCCCAACCGCCACCUUCGCAACCACAACCCCCUGUGUCAUAUCCUCAGCAAUCACCGCACAUUCCCCAAGAAGCUCCUCAGCCAUCGCCAGUCCAAAACGGCCAAAACAUCCAGCCCGUCAGCGAUGGUCCAAGCUCGAGUAACAACGUGCGCCGUCCAAACAAUUCUGUCCAAACUGCGACAGCGUCGUUGGAGACAGUUGAGCGGGCUCUGGGUGAUUUGCGUGUUGCUAACGGUGUGUCGGGCGGUAGAGGUGGUCGACGAGGUCAUCACGGCCAAGAUGCCAAGGUCGGCGAGCUGACGGUCCCAAACACUGAAUUCGACUUCCAGAGUGCCAAUGCCCGUUUUGAUAAAGCUGCUUUGGCCCCCAAGAAGGCCAAACAGCCGGAAGAUGAUAAACCCGUGAAUGAAGAGUCUCCCGGAGAGAAGGAGAAAGAGAAGGAGGAGCGAGCGUACAACCCCACAAAAUCGUUUUUUGAUAAUUUAUCUUCUUCUACGCAGUCUGCGCCUCCACCGCAGCGCGGACGACGAGGUGGAGGGGCGCGAAAUCGGAGGGAAGAGGAACGAGAGAGAAAUGUUGCCACGUUCGGUGAACCUGGUGGUGUGGGUCUGAUGGGUCCUGGUGCAUACGUUGGAGGGUAUGGUGGUCAUGGUCGCAGAGGUGGCCGACUACGGCGGGGUGCUCCUCCUGCCGGCAAUGGUCGUUAGUAGCUUUUAGCUCUAGGCACUGCGUGUCUUUGCAGAAUGAUUACUACUACAAAUCAGUUCAC